AUGGCGUUUGUAGACCUAACAGGAACAGGGCUGCAAUGUGGACUCGGGCUCUUCCUUAGUGAAAUUGACACGCCCGUCGACCAAGUCCUUGAGAGAUCUAAGCUCAUCCUCUGGAACGAGGAGAUUUUCUACGCCUUCUCCCUCGCUUUUUCCAAACUUUCUAUCCUCGCAUUCUACUGGCGCAUGUUCAAGAACUCCAACAUCAAGAAACCUAUCAUAAUACUCUUUGAAAGCAACGUCAAGGGGACCUGCAACAUCAAUGACUCCAAUUUCUUCUUCGGCACCGUGCUAGCCCACUUAAUCAUUGAUAUCGCGAUUCUAAUCUUGCUCAUCAUGCAAAUCCGAAAGCUGCAGCUGCCAAUCACGAAAAAGGUCGCCAUCAUCGCCAUGUUCAUGUUCGGUUUCUUCGUCUGCAUAGCCUCGGUCGUUAUGCUCAGCGAGUCCCUGAAAUACGACACCAGCUCCCCAGAGAUGCCAUGGAAUGUCUCCCCCAUCAUCAUCUGGGCGACGGCCGAAGUAAACUUCACCGUUGUAUCCGCCUGCUUCCCUAUGCUCCGCCCCAUCUGGUUCCUCGCAACCCGCCACUCGCUCAGCAAACGCACCUCCUCUAGAGGUGCCGGCCCCUACGCGGCCCAGUCCUCCGACAUCUUCAGGCACCAAACCUCCAACGGCGACAAGGGACUCGGCACCAUCACCAUCACCAUAAACAAGAAGCAGCACGGCUCCGACGAAGAGGAAGACGGCGACUCGACAUACAAGCUCGCAGGUUCGUCGCACCGCGAGGGCUCGAUCAGCGAUAACUCCGAAUACCAAGGGUAUGCACAUGACAGCAACGUGCAUGGGCCUAGUACGGUCAUUACUGGUCAGAAUAAAAGAGGGGAAGAGAGAGAUGAGGAAGAGAGCUGGGCCGGGAUCGGAGGCAUGAGGGCAUUGUGGUGA